AUGAUGCCCCUGAACCCGGCCGAAAGGGCUGGACAAGGACCAACCCUCAUCGACCUCAUUCGGAAUGCCGCUGAGUCUACAUCUCAAUCAAUCAUAGCCUAUGGAGCAGAAGAGACAGUUGGAGAUCUCGUGCCGACAGUCGUGUCAUAUUCAGACUUGCUCUGUCUGGCUCGUACAAAUGCUCAGGUUCUCCUUCGGCUGUGCCCACCAUCCGUUGGCAUCGGCGGAGAACACCAUGUUGAUUUGCUGUGCCUCGACAACAUCCUGGACACCAUCAUCUGGUUUUGGUCGACUGCAAUCGCAGGGCUAUUGCCAGCAAUUUCAACCACUUCGAUUCUUGAGCCUGGUCGAUCAGAGUACCUCUCAUAUCUCCCCAUCUUGUUGAAGGAUCCGCUCUGCAUAGUACCUCAGUCGCUUUCAGGCUCAUACUGUUUGCAAGACUUUGCCAAGAAGUUACCGGUUGCCAAGACAACUUCUCAAAGUCUUGCCAGGAUGAGUCAAUCGAUGCCGCUGCUACCUUUAUCUGACAGUUCUUCUGCUUCCGACCCGGCGGUUCUGAUGCUGACAUCAGGUACGACUGGGAGAGCCAAGGCGGUACAACUCAGCCAUGAUCAAAUACUGGCUUCGCUAGAAGGCAAAGCCAAGUCUGCAGGACCACACAGCGGCGGUCCCUACCUCAACUGGAUCGUCAUGGACCACGUAGCGUGCCUGACCGAGAUACAUCUCCUCGCGAUGUACAUGGGUUUCUCCCAAGUGCAUCUCUCCGCGGACGAGGUGCUGUCCAACCCUGUGCAGCUACUGAAUAUGGUCAGCCGCCACCGGGUUUCGCGAACCUUUGCCCCUCAUUCUUUCUUGGCGAAGUUAUCCAGGGAGCUCAUGUUGAAACAAACAUCGUCGUCGGAUGGAGGUCUCGAUCUUGGAUGUUUGCAAUGGCUUGGCUCGAGUGGGGAAGCAAAUACAGUGGGUUUCUGCGAGGCACUCCAGACACAACUCGAGGACUACGGUGCUCGCAAAGACAUCAUCAUCCCGGGCGUCCCUGGGCUACAGCUGCGAGUGAGACUCUUAGAUGGCAAUUCUCCAUCUGCAUUCGCAAACGCCGGCCAGGUUGGGCUUCUGGAACUCUCCGGCGACGUAGUAUUUGACGGCUACUUCAACGAUCGCGACUCUAAUGCGGCCGCCUUCACAAGACGCUCCAAAGAUACGAUUAUCAUCAACGGGGUGAAGUACGCCCCAGACGAGCUGGAACACCAUCUCGAGAAAGAGUUGAUACAAGGGGCAGACAUUGAUACCCGAGCCCGGACCAAGACUCGCAAUAGGAUAGUCGAUAUUAUCGGCUUACAUACGGCUUCAUCUGCCAUCGUUCUACCCCUAACAGCCGCUGAUCUCAAGCCAUCGGCACGAGGAAAGCUGCCCAAGAGGAGUAUUUCCAAGUCAAGGGGGCCACAUCACAGCAUCAAAAGAUCGAUAUUCUGGCUCGGCGCUACGUCAAUGGACCUCAUCAAGAUAGCGCGUCUAAUCUCGGACUGGCUUCAAUUAUUAGAAGGACUCACGCCCAGCCAAGUCCUGAAAAGUCCGACGCCUCGGCGGCUAGCUAUGAUAAAUGAGGGAUCUGAGAGGAAAGAUGAAGUCGGCAGCCCGGUCCUUACCCUCCGGUCAAAGGGCAAAAAGACGCCGCUGUGGCUCGUACAUCCCGGUGUCGGAGAAAUCCUGGUCUUCAUGAACCUCAUAGGCUCAUCGACGACCGGCCAGUCUAUGCCUUCCGUGCAGGGGCACUUCGAAGCCGUCCAAGCAAAGGGGCCGUAUGCUAUCGCAGGCUAUCCGUUCGGCUCAAUGAUUGCCUUCGAAUUAUGUAAGAGACUCGAGACAGCAGGUGAUGAGGUUCUUUACUGCGGUUGCUGGAACCUUCCGCCGCAUAUUAAGCACCGCAUCAGACAGUUCGGCUGGGUAGAGUGUCUCGCCAACUCGUUUCACUUCACGAAGCUCAUCGAACAGGAUCAGGCUUUACAGCAGAUACCAAUGUUGCGCACAUUCUCAAAGCAAGAAGCAGUUGCCCACCUCCGAGCCCCCAGCGACUCGGAUAGGCCACGGGGAACGAUACGCAGCAUGGAUGUAUUUGUCGCAGAUCCUCUCAAGGAGGUAGCUAUUGACCGCAAGGAUUGGGUUCUGAAUAAGCUCAGCCGGUGGCGGGAGUUUGUGAGCGAUGUGCAGUGUUAUGAUGUUCCGGGUGAACACUAUUCUAUGUCGGACGAGGUCAACGUGUCGCGGUUUGCGGAGAAGUUGAAAGAGGUCUUGGAGGCACGAGAAGGGCCUCUACGUCGGACCCUUCACGCUGCGUCAAGAAGUCAUAACCUCCGGUUCCUCCAGAGAGCCGGCCUCGUAGCCGGCGGGUCUGAGAUCCUUUAUCAAUACCGGCCCGGUUCUGAAUCAUGCUUCCGGUCCGUCAACGGGGGAUAG